AUGGCUUCCCUCGCAGCUGCACUCUCCCAGUCCCUCCCCAAACCAAACUACACUGGUGAGGAUGAGGAGCUGCCAUCGCGCGCCAACCAACGUGGCCCCAGAAUCGUUGGCCCCGGCCAUCUAGACGAAUCCCAGAUUGUCCUCAAGCGAGCAGGCGGGCCACCGCCCUACGGACAGCGCACUGGAUGGCGACCACGCAAUCCCGAGGAUUUUGGCGACGGCGGCGCGUUUCCCGAGAUCCACGUCGCGCAAUACCCGCUUGAUCUAGGUCGCAAGGGCGGCUCGUCAAACAAGUCCAACGCGCUUGCUCUCACCGUCGACGGCGACGGGAAGGUCAAAUAUGAUGCCAUCGCGAGGCAGGGCCAUGCGGAAAACAGGAUUGUGCAAACAAGCUUCAAGGACCUAAUACCGCUGCGGCAGCGUGCCGACGCCGGCGAGAUCAACCUCGAGCGGCCGAGCGAGGAAGAGGUCGCCGCCACGGCCGAGAGGACGAAAGCCGCGCUGGAGAAGCUGGUCAGCGGAGCUGUGGCGUCACAGAAGCCCAAGAAUGUCAACGUCGGAGGCGGACGGGACCCUACAUUUGUGAGGUACACACCGGCGAACCAGAUGGGCGACAACUCGAAGAAGCAGGAUCGAAUCAUGAAGAUUGUUGAGAGGCAGCGUGACCCCAUGGAGCCCCCCAAGUUCAAGGUCAAGAAGAUCCCUCGUGGCCCACCUUCACCCCCGCCUCCAGUGUUGAGGUCUCCGCCAAGGAAAUUGACGGCGCAGGACCAGGAGGACUGGAGGAUCCCGCCGCCAGUGUCGAACUGGAAGAACCCAAAGGGUUUCACGGUCCCGCUGGACAAGCGUCUAGCUGCAGAUGGACGAGGUCUACAAGACGUACAGAUCAACGACAAAUUUGCACAGUUCUCAGAGGCGCUAUUCAUGGCAGACAGGCAUGCCCGUGAGGAGGUCAAGCAGCGAGCUCUGAUGCAGCAGCGUCUCGCGGAGAAGGAGAAGCAGCAGAAGGAGGAACAUCUCCGCGCACUCGCUCAGCAGGCCCGGGAGGAGAAGGCCGGGCACAGUCGGCGUCGGUCAAGAUCAGGCAGCUAUGACAGCCGCUCAGAUUCCGGGUCGUCAUACGACAGCGAUGAGUCGGCAGUGCGUGAGCGUGAAGAAGCACGAAAGGAAAGGCGCCGCGAGGAGGAGCGAAAGCUCCGGCAGUCUCGCAUGGGGGCGGAGAGGCGCGUUCAGGUCAUGGCUCGCGAGCAAAAUCGUGACAUCUCCGAAAAGAUUGCACUCGGCUUGGCGAAACCUACUCAGAGCAAGGAGGGAAUGUACGAUUCACGGCUCUUCAACCAGUCAAGUGGCUUCGACAGCGGUUUCAAUGAGGACAACCCCUACGACAAGCCUCUGUUCGCAGCGCAGGACGCCAUCAGCAGCAUCUACCACUCGCGUGCGAACAUGGACGAGGAUGAUGAGACGGCCGGGGACAAGGAGAUGGACAAGAUUCAGAAGUCGAGCCGAUUCGGCGAGGUACUGGGCAAGGGCAAGUUCAAGGGGACGGAGGAUGCAGGGGAACGCGAAGGGCCAGUGCAAUUUGAGAAAGAGGCGGCCGACGUGUUCAACGUAGACAAAUUCCUGUCUGAGGUGGAGCAGUCGUCGGGCAAACGGGGCUAUGGCUUGCAGGAGACCGAUGACCGGAAAUCAAAGCGGCCAAGGGUGGAGGAUGACGACGACGAUUGGGGUGGAACAGCAUAG